AUGGCGUCGUCCAGCGAAACAGGACUGCCCGAGGGCUGGGAGAUUCGCCGCUCCAACAGCAAGAACCUCCCGUACUACUUCCAUGCCGCGACCAAGGAUUCACGAUGGGAGCCUCCUGCGGGCACUGAUCCGGAGAAGCUGAAGCAGUACAUGGCAGCUCACCACAGCUCCAAGGGCGUUGCACCGGCCAACUAUGCCAACUCGGGCGACAAGAUCAGGGCGGCGCAUCUUCUUGUGAAGCACAGGGACAGCAGACGUCCUGCCAGCUGGAGAGAACCCAAUAUCACGAGGUCCAAGGAGGAGGCGCGCGCGCUCAUCGAGGGCUACGAGGCUCAGAUCCAGGCAUAUGAGGGCACUACGACAGACAGUGGCGCUGAGCCCAAGUCGCUUUCGGAGCUGGCCACAACUGAGUCGGACUGUAGCAGCGCACGGAAGGGUGGCGACCUGGGCUUCUUCGGCCGCGGUGAUAUGCAAAAGGAGUUCGAAGAGGCAUCUUUUGCGCUAGAGAAGGGACAAGUGAGCAAGGUUGUUGAGACUGCGUCUGGGCUGCACUUGAUCCAGAGAUUAGAGUAG